UCGCUGCGCUGUCAAAAAGGUGGGUGUGUGUUUGUGUGGAGUGGAAACAAAAAGGAAAAACACGAAAAUUAGUCGGGAGCGCUGCGUUUUGUCCCUCAAACAGAUAUUUAUAAGUAAAAGCCGCAGCGAAAUAGUGCGAAUCAAUUAUUUAAAUGCGCCGCAUGAGCCAGCGCCUCGAACGCAUAUCGGCAGCAGGAAAACGCACAGUGAUAUAAGCAAAGUACAAAACAGUCGCCGCCUGCCGACAGACAAAGAAAAAGGAUAGGAGGUGGUGAAAACGCACACAGACAGUACACAGCUAUCGGCACAGGCACACUCAGCACUCACGAUGUCAACCGGAAGGCCCAUAAAGUGUGUAGUCGUUGGUGACGGCACCGUCGGAAAGACCUGCAUGCUAAUCUCCUACACGACAGACUGCUUUCCCGGCGAAUAUGUGCCCACAGUCUUCGACAACUACUCGGCACCCAUGCAAGUGGACACAAUACAGGUCUCGCUGGGACUGUGGGAUACGGCGGGUCAGGAGGACUACGACCGCCUGAGACCGCUAUCCUACCCGCAGACAGACGUUUUCCUGAUAUGCUACAGCGUGGCGAGUCCCUCGUCCUUUGAGAACGUCACCUCGAAAUGGUAUCCGGAGAUAAAGCACCACUGCCCCGAUGCGCCCAUCAUUCUAGUUGGCACCAAAAUCGAUUUGCGCGAAGAUCGAGAGACACUCAGCGGCCUGGCAGAGCAGGGACUGACGCCGCUGAAGCGCGAGCAGGGCCAGAAGCUGGCAAACAAGAUACGCGCUGUGAAAUACAUGGAGUGCUCCGCCUUGACGCAGCGCGGCCUCAAGCCGGUGUUCGAGGAAGCAGUGCGCGCGGUGCUCAGACCAGAGCCGCUAAAGCGACGCCAGCGAAAGUGUUUAAUAAUGUAAAUAAGGUAGAAUGUUAUUGGCUUUGGCGAAGUAUAGAGAUUCCUCGGAAGCGACACGUACACCGGCACAAUGGCCACAACACAUUGACACAAACGCAGCGCCCUCAUCGACAAAUCAAUUACAUGUAUUUAUUUAUAAAAUUCUCCGUACUCUCGUAAAAGGCACCGAACCCGGAAAGAAACUCUAAACAAACGAUAAAUAUUGUACGAAAUUCUGUGAAUCGAAAUGUACUGCCAUCAAAAUUCGUAUGAAAUUUGUCUUUGUUUGGCUGUUUUUUUCUGCGGAUCGUUGCUGUCACACAUUUGGCAAACCACGAUUCCCUCCCGCAACAACUGAAAGAACAUUGUUAACAAAAUCGGAACCACAGAUAAAUCAUAAAUCUAAUGCACUACA